AUGGCCGCGCCGUUCCAGGACGCCGUCGUCCUUUUCGGCGACUCCAUCACGUCGCAGCAGUACGUCCCGGGGUCGAUGCAAGCGCGGUUCUGCGACGCGUACCGCCGCACGCUCGACAUCCUGAACCGCGGAUACGGGGGCUACAACACGCGGUGGGCGCGCCAGAUCUUCGACACGAUCUUUGCGAAGGCCGACGAGGCGGGACACGUGCCCGUCGUGCGCCUUGUCACGAUUUGGUUCGGCGCGAACGACUCCGUCCUCCCCGACGCGGAACAGGCUGUGGCCCAACAUGUCCCGCUGGACGAGUACGAGGCCAACCUCCGCUUCUUCCUCGAGGGCUUGACGUCGCCCGCGUCGCCGUAUGCCGUCGCGCACGCGCGCGGCCUCAAUAUCGUGCUCGUGACGCCGCCGCCGUUGUGUGUACCCCUCAUGGGAGGCGGGGCGUUCGCGCGCGAGCGCGAGCCCGCCACGACGAAGGCGUAUGCCGACGUCGUCCUCCGUCUCGGGGAGGAGUACGCGGGCAAGGCGGGGGAGAAUUGGCGGAUCGGCACAGUCGACAUGUGGGGUGCGACACUCAAGGCGGCUGGCGGCGAGGGCGAGGAGCUCGCCAAGUAUUUGAGCGACGGCCUGCAUCUCACGAGCGAGGGAUACGCCGUCUUCUGGGACGAGUACACCAAGCUCGUCAAGACCGUGUUCAAGGGCCGCGGGCUGGACUGGGAGAGCCUCGACGACCUGCCGCUCCGCAUGCCCCCCUGGGACACGGUGGACGCCGCGCGGCCAGAUAUCCUCGCGGGCAUGCGGCUGCCGCCCAUCCGCACGCAAAUAUAG